CAUCUUCCUACUCUAUGAGAAGCCCUCACUCUCACUCGGUGUGCGAAUCAGAUCCACUCCUCACGCCCAGGGGUUGGAACGAGACCGCAAUACGGGAGGCAUGGCUGGCUUCCAUGGAAGCAACGCAUCGGUGGCGAAGGUGGCAUGAGUGCCAGCGCCUACAGGACUCAGGCGGAGCCGGACGGCACCAGAUCCAGUCGCCAUUUUGAAGACCAAAAUACCUUCUCUUUCCUGCCUCGACAUCAAUGGUGAAAAAGGCAAGCCGAUGUCUUUGUGCGUGACAGAGGAAAAAGAAUUCCAUGGAAGCAACAGCGUUGAGCGUAGGCAAGUCUGCGCUGGAUGGAGCACUCAGCUACGCCAAGUCCGCCAUCGCGCAGGAGGUGGCUCUGCAGCUGGGCGUCCAGCGAGAUCAGGCUUUCAUCAGGGAUGAGCUCGAGAUGAUGCUCGCUUUCCUGAUGGCUGCGCACGAGGAGCGAGACGAGCACAAGGUGGUCAAGACCUGGGUCAAGCAGGUCCGCGAUGUGUCCUAUGAUGUUGAAGACUGCCUUCAAGAUCUAGCCGUUCGACUUGGGAAGCCAUCUCGGUGGUGCUUCAUCCGGACGCUGGUUGAUCGGCACAAAGUAGCCACACGGAUGAAAGAACUCAGGGCGAAGGUUGAGGAUGUUAGCCAGAGGAACAUACGGUACCGUCUCAUCAAGGGCACUACUGGCCCCAAGCCUGCAACUGGUGCUGGGCCAUCAAACAUUAUUUCUGGUGCAACAAUGUUUGGCAUAGAGGAAGCAAGGAGGCAGAAGGACAAGGCUAAAGUAGAUCUUUGCCAACUGAUCAACGAGGGGAAUGAGGAUCUUAGAGUGAUCGCUGUGUGGGGAACAAGUGGUCUUCUUGGUCAGACUGUCGUCAUCAAAGGAGAGUACGAUAAUCUGAAGAGAAGCAAGAAGUUUGAACUCUACGCUUGGAUCAGGAUUGUGCAUCCUUUCAGUCCCCUUGAGUUCCUCCAGUGCAUUAUGAGUCAAUUCUACCGAACUUCUUUUGAAGAAGCCGGGAAGGUGCAAGACGAAACGAACAUUGGAACUCAAAUUCUUAUGAAGAUGGGGGCGAUGAAGCAAGAUGAUUUGGUUGAUUCAUUCAGCAAGCAUGUGAAUAAGAAGAGCUAUCUGAUUGUGCUUAAUGACCUGUCCACCAUUGAGGAAUGGGAGGCGAUCAAGGAAUACUUUCCAAACAAGAAGAAAGGAAGCCGAAUCAUCGUAUCCACAAAGCAUGGUGAAGUUGCAAGCCUAUGUGCUGGCCACGAAAGUGUAGUGUCAGAGCUCAAGCAAUCAUCUAUUGAUCAGAGUAUUUUUGCUUCCUACAAUAAGGUUCUUCAGAGUCCAACCACAUUAAUGAAGCCAGGCUCUGGCUCAAGUGUAGUCACACAUGGUGCUAGCAACAUUGCGAUGCCGACUGAUGAGAUUCUUGAGAAUCAAUUUGUAGGCGACAAUGAGAAGAUGGUUAGAAAGAGCUUUACUCGUAUUGGGACGAUCUCAUGUGCUUUGGUGGAAUCUCAACUGGUGGGUCGUGAGAAAGAGAAGUCUGAUCUUAUCAAUCUAAUUUCAAAGCAAGACGGCCAGCAAUGUACAGUGAUCUCGGUUUGGGGAAUGGGAGGUCUUGGGAAAACAACUCUAGUUAAAGAGGUCUACCAAAGCCAAGAGCUAAGUGGUUUGUUUGAGAAGCGUGCUUGCAUCACAAUCCUGCGUCCGUUUGUUCUCAAGGAGGUCCUUGAGAGCUUAUUUAUGCAGCUAGAUGCAGAAUCCUCUAACAUGAAGGGAAGUAAUGAUUUUGGGUCAGGCACAAGAAAUGUAAAGGAAGAGUUGGGUAAGCUUUUGGAAAGAAAGAGGUGUCUAAUAGUUUUGGAUGAUUUGUCUUCUGCUGCGGAAUGGGACACAAUAAUACAAAGUCUCCCCAAAAUGGAGAAUGCGAGCAAGAUCGUAAUCACCACAAGAGAAGAGAAUAUUGCAAUGUGUUGUUCACCAAAACAAGAAGACAUUUACAAGCUUGAGGUUCUUGAAAAUAGGGAUGCUCUUGAUCUCUUCACCAAAAAGGUAUUUAAGGAAGCCAUAGAUUUGAAUGAACAUCCCGCACUGAUUGAAGAGGCAAGAACAAUCCUGAAGAAGUGCAGUGGACUUCCCCUUGCAAUAGUCACCAUAGGUGGUUUCUUGGCAAAGCAACCGAAGACUCCCAUGGAGUGGAGAAAAUUGAAUGAGCAUAUUAGUGCUGAAUUGGAGAUGAAUCCAGAGCUUGGAAUAAUCAAAACUAUCCUUAUGAAAAGUUAUGAUGGUUUACCAUAUCAUCUCAAGUCUUGUUUCUUGUAUCUAUCUGUCUUUCCUGAAGACUACAGCAUUACCCGAAGACGCUUGGUGCACCGGUGGAGUGCAGAGGGUUACUCAAGCGAGGUGCGCGGCAAGUCUACCGGGGAAGUAGCUGAUAGCUACUUCAUGGAACUCAUUGACCGAAGCAUGAUCCUACCUGUCAAAGAACCAACUGGUAGUAGGAAAGGUAUUUCCUCUUGCAAACUCCACGAUCUCAUGCGUGAAAUCAGCAUCUCAAAGGCAAUUGAGGAGAAUCUUGUCUUUAGGAUGGAAGAAGGAUGACACUCUGGCCAAAGAUGACAUGCAUCCAAAGGAUGGAUCUUGAGAUUUAAAUAAAAGUGCAUUAAACUGGUAUUUAAAAUAGAGCAAGAUACAUUGGUCAAAUGAAAGAAAUUUAUGUAACAAAAGUUGUAGAUCUUGUUUCAUAGAAUCCAGAACAGUUGAGUUCGUAUUUUUCUGA